AUGGAUCCGAGGCAUCGUGCGCCGUUUGCGCAUCAGUCGUCGUCCGUCGACCUGCGGCGGUUCGGCCAGUCCCAGUCCCCACCACGCAGCACCUGGCCUCUCGCGCCCGCUGCCAAUGGCGGCAGCGCCAAUGGACAUCACCUCGCCCCUCCAGGCGCUGCCAACAACAACAAUGGCCUGCUCAACGGCAACGGCAUCCACUUGAAUGGCAACGGCGCCGCCGGAGGACCAGGCUACUUUGCCCCCUCCCCACCAGCGGGACCCUCCCGCCUGUCGCAACUCACCGGCGCCGCCGCUGGUCUGUUCAACGGCCUCAAGAUGGAGCGCAAGGUCAGCGACGUCGACUAUAACGAGAAGAGCAGCGGUAUCGCCAACGGCUUGCUGGGAAACGGAAGCGGACACGCCCACGCCCACUCUCAUGGGCUGGGACUCGGAAACUCGGGUCACGGGCACGGACUCGGACACGGUCUCAACCGCAUGAGCCUGUCGGGUCUGGGCCGCGACCUGACCGACGCCGAGAACAUGCAGCGGAUACAGUCUGCACUGCCCACACCGUCAACUGUGCGCUUUGUGCUUCUCUGUACACUGUGGUACGCCGCCUCGGCCGUGUCGUCCAACACGGGCAAGGUCAUUCUCAACAACUUCCGCUUCCCCGUCACCCUCACCAUUGUCCAGUUUGCGUUUGUGGCUGGCCUGUGUUGGCUUGGAUCCCGCCGCGAGCUCAACUUUACCGCCAGGCUCCGCAAGCCCACAAAGCAGAUCCUCACACAUACCCUUCCCAUGGCCGCCUUCCAGGUCGGCGGCCACAUCUUUGGCUCGCUGGCAAUGUCGCGUGUCCCCGUCAGCACGGUUCACACCAUCAAGGCGCUGUCCCCGCUGUUCACAGUGCUCGCGUACGCGUUCUUGUUUGGCGUGUCAUACUCGCCUGCGACCUACCUGUCGCUCCUGCCGCUCACCCUGGGUGUCAUGUUGGCGUGCUCGUUUGACAUUUCCUUGUCCAACGUCCUGGGCCUGGUCUGUGCGUUUGGCAGCACCAUUGUGUUUGUCUCGCAGAACAUCUUCUUCAAAAAGGUCAUGCCCUCGCCCGGCGCGCAGAAUGCCGACGCACACGCCGGUCCGCGUCUCGACAAGAUCAACCUGCUGUACUUUUCGUCCGGCAUGGCCUUCCUCCUCAUGAUCCCCAUCUGGCUGUACUCGGACGCCUACCGUGUGGUUUCACUCUGGUUCAACCCGGCGGCGGCGACCAACUCGGCGUCAGUGUCCACCGUGGUGCUCUACUUCUUCAUCAACGGUACCGUCCACUUUGCCCAGAACGUCCUUGCCUUUGCCAUCCUGUCGUCCACGUCGCCUGUGACGUACUCGAUCGCAUCGCUCGUCAAGCGUAUCGCCGUCAUCUGCAUCGCCAUUGUGUGGUUCAAGCAGGCCGUCCACGGCGUCCAGGCCGUGGGCAUCAUGCUCACCGCCGUCGGCCUGUACAUGUACAACAACGCCAAGCGCGACGUUGAAAAGGGCGAAAAGCGCGUACGUGCCCUCGAGGCCGCUCGCGACGGCAUGCUCCCCACCUCGCGCGCCGAGGCGCGCAUCCUCGACGGCCGCGACACACCCACACCCGAGCCCUACCUCAACGAAAAGGCCCACGCCUCCCCGCGUCCCACGUACAACGGCAACACGUUCACCGUGCAAAAGGCCUCGGCCCUGCGGCCCCAGUACGCUCCGCCACGCAAGAGCGCACAGGUCCCCGUCGCGGCUGAGCCGUACCCUUCGCCACCAGCCAGCACGGCCUCGUCGCCGCCCUUGCCGCCGAGCCACAUGGGUGACGAGCCUCGGUCGCCUGUAGCUCUCCCGACCGGCGCCUAG